AUGAUCAAACUGAUUCUGUCAAUCAUUUCUAUCGAAUUACUUCUGAUGACCAUUGUUGAAUGUCAAAUGUGGAAUGAAACAGAUGCAUCGGAAAAUGCAACAAUGAUGAUUCCGCCGAAGCCAUUUGUUUAUUAUGGUCGGUAUCACCAUCGCGAACGACUUCGUCGUGCAUAUUUAGACGAUAAUUCAACAGCAGAACAUGAAACUAUGGCAACAAUUCUUUCGAUUCUUCCGUUGGAUCGCCUAGGCGCUGUUAUUGGUCAACUGAUUGCCACAAGUUUCAAAGAAAUGCUCAGUCCAAACGUUGGUAAAAAGAUUCUUAAUGUUCUAGAAACUCAAGCGCCAUCGUUAGCAACAUCACUUUUUACUAAUCUUUAUGCGACAUUACGUGUUCCAGCACGAUCGACAAGCAGAAAUGCUCCUGUUCAAAGUGAUCGGAAUGUGAAUACACCAUUGAGUAAUAGUUCAAAAUUAUUCUUACUCAAUCAACUCAAACGUUCGAAAACAAAAUAG